CUUGAAGAGGAUUGCCUUUCAGUCGUGCUCUACCGUUGCCUACAAUGGCAGCGUGACCGUUCGCAAAAAAUUCUGUUACAUCUGUCAUAAUUUCACAUUCUGCUGCAGUGCCAGUGACUGUGAAAUUAUUAAGGAGUUUUCGUAGUUGCUUCCAUUAGUCGUGAGAACCACACGUCUUAAUUAGAUAUAAAUAUUAACCGUGUACCGUACCUCCUUUCAUUGAGCAAAAAGUGAAAGUCUUUUGGUACAUACAUGCCUUUAUUUGAAUUAUAUUCCUCCCAGUUUGGGAUGAAGUCUUCCUGACACAUUCCGUUCGACUUCAAGGGUCCCAUCUCACGUUUUGCGAUUACUACGUCAAGGACAUUUUUAAAUUACAUUUAUAAUGUCUGCUAUCGACACACAUGACGUAAUCCGUGUUGGGUCACGGAAAAGUGAGUUGGCACUAAUUCAGACGAGACAUGUAAUCAAGUGUCUUAAGGAAAAUCAUCCUAAAAAGAACUUUGAAAUAGUAACGAUGAGCACAAAAGGAGAUAAGAUACUAGACAUAUCUCUGCCAAAAAUUGGGGAAAAGUCUUUAUUCACAGAAGAAUUGGAGCUUGCAUUGGAAAAUGGUGGUGUUGAUUUUGUGGUACAUUCUUUAAAAGACCUACCAACUACAUUGCCAGAAGGAAUGGUUCUUGGUGCUAUACUUAAACGUGAAGAUCCUCGAGAUGCAGUAGUUAUGUCUAAGAAAUAUGAAGGAAAAACAUUAGCUACUUUGCCGGAAGGUAGCAUUAUCGGCACUAGUUCAUUAAGGAGGUCAGCCCAACUGGCUAGAAAUAUGCCUCAUCUUAAAGUAGAAAAUAUUCGUGGAAACCUGAACACUAGAUUAAAAAAAUUGGAUGACGAAAAUGGUUCAUAUGCUGCAAUCAUUCUAGCUGCUGCAGGUUUAAAAAGAAUGGGUUGGGAAGAUCGCAUUAGUCAGUUACUGGAACCGGAGGAGGCAUUAUAUGCUAUUGGUCAGGGUGCAUUAGGGAUAGAGUGUCGCGAAACUGAUUGGAAGACGUUAUCAUUACUUGAACCCUUAUAUGACGUGGAAACUACACUCAGAUGUGUAUGCGAGCGCUCAUUUCUAAAAACUCUUGGUGGAGGAUGUUCAGCUCCUGUUGCGGUUUCGUCGUCAUUAGUAGAUAAGAAUUUGACCAUUACAGGAGCUGUCUGGUCUUUGGAUGGCCAAACUAUCAUAACAGAUACAUUAAAAAGCAAAUUGUACAUACCAGAUGAUACUGGAGAGCCUCCAAAAAAAUGUCCAUAUCGAGAACCUCGUUUGUACUGCAGUGUUGCUCCAGGAAAAGUAAGUGGCAUAAGUCUUCUAGGAGCAGAACAACUUGGUAAAGAUAUUGCUAAAAGCCUUAUUGACAAAAAUGCUUUUGAAAUCAUGUGCCAAGCUAGAAAAGAAAUUCUUAAUUCAUCAUAGAUUUUUGAACUACCGACAUCUAGUAUUCAAUCUCAUUUGAAUGAACACAGAGUUAUUUGAAAAUGAUACAUUUGUUAAUCUUAAGAAAACAGGAAAAUUACAUUGUUUAAUUCUUGUAUAAAAAUUUUAAAAUCCUGUUUUCAGUAAUAUUUGGUAAUGUAAAAAAAACUUCAGUUCUAAUUCCUUAAUUGUCAUGUCAUAGGAUGAUCUAGAAUUUUUCAAUAGUUUAUUUCUACUCGAUCUCAAAUUUUUUGCAAUGAAUCGCAAUAAGUGUCGAUUUUAUCGGAUUCCUAUUGAACAAUUUAUAUUAAAAAAUACUUUGACGGUCUAAUAUAUUAGAUACAUUCACGAAGCGUAACUGCAUAACGAAUCAACUCUGAGAUGAUGUUAAGCACAAGAUGGAUUCCGAUUUCAGUGCACUACAGUUAUUAUUUUGCAAUUUAUUAACAUUUUUUAAUUAAAAAUUUUAUUUAUAAACACUGCCAUUUGUUAACGUUUAAAAUAUUACAUGUUAAAAUGAUACUUGAAUGGUAAUGAUGGCUGUCUUAUGUUGCAUUGUACAGAAAGUUCACACGUAAGCAAUGAUUUUUUUUUAAAGUGUAAUUGUUUGAAUAACAUGAUGGUUCCUGAUGUCAUGUAAUUAAGCUUUGAGUCCACGGAUUGUAUAUUAUCAUUUACAAAAGUUUGAGAUAUUUGUCAAGAAAUCAUUGUAUUAAUGUUCUACAUGACAAGUGAAAUUGAUAUUUAUUAGAGUACAGUGUUGGUUUUGUUACAAGGUUGUAAGAAUAUUUGUACUAUAAUUUGGGAGAAUUAUUGAUGUUAUAUAAUUACAUAAUUAAUAUAUUUAUAUAAGCAAUAUAUCAUACAGGUGUACAGAUCGCAUUGCGUGAUGCGGGAAACCUUGAAGUAUUAGAAAUAAUUGCGUAAAAAACAUUAUUCUCGUUGUUAAUAAAAAAAAAACUUAUUAAAAAAGUAUCACUAUUACAUUUUUGUUUAAUGAAUUCUUAGGUUUUUAAGUUACGGUUUGUAAAGACCAUGUUAACAUAAAAACUAACAUAAUGAAGUUCACUGGUUCAAACACUCGGUAUUAACACAUGUUUUUUACAUAUAAUUUGUGCUAGCUGCAUUUUCGUCCCAGCGGUAAAUAGUAAAUUACAUUUCGUUAUUGCGUACGUAUUUUACUAUUAUUUAGGAGUAUCAGUUUCUGAAGAAAGUAUAGUUUUUCUUACACAUACAUGUUCGAGAUCAAUAUGAAGUAUUUAAAUACACACUUUUGGACUCUGAGCAAAUACGAUAAGUAAAAUAUACGUUUAUAUAUAUA